AUGGAUUUCCUGUUAUCAACCAAGUGCUCCCUGGACUUUUGGACCUGUGAGCUGACGCUGAGCGGGGAGAAGAUGAAGUGUACGGACCAACGUGGGGGAGGCCUAUGUGCCCAGGUAGUUGUGGGGGAAACCACAAGGGUCCCAGCAGGCCACGAGGCGUUGGUGCCAGCCCUAGUGAUGGGUGAGCAGCUCAGCAGUAAGUUUGGCCUCAUAGAACCAUCGGAUCGAAGUGAGGUAGCAGACAAGGGCAUGAUCGUAGCGCGAGUUCUGGUCAACUCAGAGGAAGAGGUGCUUCCCGUGCGAGUAUUCAACCCUGGGAAAAGGGAGUGCGUCGUGAAGGAGGGAACCAUGGUAGGGUUCCUUACGCCUGUGGAAGGUGACGACGUCGAUGGCACUGGGGGACCUUCACCUACUGAGUCGGGAACAGCUGCGUCAGUCCCAGAACACCUGAAAGAGUUUCGUCUCAAUGCAGUGACUAUCAAAGACGCCUUCCCUAUACCCCGCAUCGAUGAGUCCCUCGAUACCCUUGCAGGCAGCAGGUGGUUUUCCACAUUAGACCUCGCAAGCGGGUACUGGCAGGUGGAGCUUGAUGAUGAAGCUAGAGAGAAGUCCGCAUUUGUAGUCCGAGGUGGCUUGUACGUCUGGCGUGUCAUGCCCUUCGGGCUAUGCAAUGCGCCAUCCACCUUCGAGCGGCUGAUGGAGAGAGUCCUGGCUGGCCUGCACCGGGAGACCCU